GUGCGUAGAAAUCGCCUUCAGUUGCAGAGUCUCCAAUCAGCAGAAACAUCGCAACAGAUAAUAGAAAACAUGCCGAUCGAGCAACUGAAGACGGUGCUGCGAUUGCAGGCAACGGUGGUGGAGGGCUUUGGCCGCGGUGGCAAGCAAUUGGGGUGCCCCACGGCCAACCUCUCGAGUGAGGAUCUGGGUGAUCUCCUGGAGCUGCUACCUACGGGUAUUUACUGUGGCUGGGCCACGGUUGACGGCAAAGGCCCGUACAAGGCUGUCGCUAGUAUUGGCUGGAACCCCUACUUCAAGAAUAAGGAGAAGACGGUGGAGCCGCACUUACUGCACAAAUUCGAUAAGGAUUUCUACGGUGCGCAGCUCAAGUUUCUCAUCACGGGCUAUAUUCGCCCGGAGAUGAACUUCUCGUCGCUGGAGUCGCUGAUCAAGGCCAUCCAGGACGACAUUGCGCAAUCCGAUGAGUGGCUUGACACCCCCGAGGGCAAAUCAUGGUCACAGGAUGCGCUGUUUCAGUAGGUUAGGAGAGCGCGUUCAGUGCACGGCUGACGUGUUCAAGUUCUAGAUCUGUAACUUUGGUCUGCGAGAUAAUAUGAUGGUAGCGGAUAUUCAUGCGACGCAUGUGAGGGCAGAGACAGCAGCACAUUUAUCUAUUCUCGCUUAUGCGUUAUGCUUUACUCUUUACCCAUGACAAUACAGAUAACACCGAGGACCAUCAGCAAAAUGCUGGGGA